GGUCUAAAGUAUCGAUUCACUCGUUUAAUCGAAGGCUGUAGGAUCGAUCUAAAAAACCGCAAAUCGAAUUCAAAAGAAUCGAUUUUCCAAAUAAUUGAUUCAAGAUCGCCCAUCCCUACUUAGAGGAUAUGUAUACAUGUAUUUACGUUUAUAGAGUUCAAAGCAUGAUCUUUGAUUAAUAUCUCAUCUGUGUCCCCGAGAGAUUGAUUCUAAACUUUAUAUUUAUCAUAUUGUUUUUUUAGGUUCGUACAUUUCUCGAUUUUACAUUUCUCACAUUGUCUCAUUAGAUUCGUACAUUUUCUUAAUUUUAUAUUUCUGGCACUGUUUCGUUAGAUUCGUACAUUUUCUCAAUCUUAUAUUUAGCACAUUGUCUCGUGACGCCUGGUCCACAACCUUGCUUUAGUGAGUUGUAAGUCGUAAGUCGAAGUGCGUAAAGCCCAUUCUACAAGGGAGUAAGGAGUAGGGAGUAGGGAAUAGGAGUACGAGUAUAGUAACAAACAGAAUUAAGAAUUCCUAUUGGUCAGUUCUUAAACUAGUCGAUUUCGAGUGGCCACUUCUUACUGCUUACUAUCAUAGAGAAAGAAGUAAAACCUAGAGUAGAGCGUAAACAUGGAAGUAAAGUGAAAUGGUUCAAUCUCAUUUCGUUUCUCCUACUGCUGUACUCGUAACUAGUAUCCCUAGAAUAGUAUUCCUAUUCUAGGUACACAACGUUAGCCAAUCAGAGGCGACAUGUUUCAGUAAAGCGCGAAACUCUAUUUUUAUGAAAAAAAUUUGAAAAAAAGUAUAUUUCAUUUCGAAAUACGGAUACGGACCGUAUUAUACGCAUACGGUGUGUGUAUGUACAUCAAGUUCAGCUCGAAACCUGUCGGAGCCUGUCAUCUCGCCGUUGCUCAAGUUGUAUCUCUCGCACUCGAUUUUCUCGAGCUGAAAGGCCCUGCGGUCCUCGAUCUCCUUGUCUCCAAUGGUCCAGUCGUCUACAGUUUCCUGUUUCUGUACAUAAUUGCGUCUCGACAUACGGAUACGAUAAUGAAUUACGAAUAUUAUUAUGGUGACAUCGAUGGCAUUGAUGGCCUGACGAAAGAAGUAGGAAAAGAGUGCGAAGAUGAAAUAAUCAAACAAAAGGAAUUGAUAAGUCUUGUAAAAGCUAACCCGCCGCUGUGGAAUAAAAGACAAAGAGAAGUUUUUGGUAGGAAUUUCAAUAAAGAUUUGGCAUGGGCAUCUGCGGGUGCAAUACUAAAAAUGUCUGGUUCAGAUGCUGAGAAAGAGUUUUAUAAAAUACGACAAAGAUAUGGAAAAGAACGCCGUAAAAUGACAAUGUCUUUAAAAGGAAAAUCGGGACAGAGUGCGCUUCCCACAUAUUUUCCAACAUGGGAGUUAUACGAAAUAUGUGAUACAUUUCUAAGUCCAGUUGUUAUACCUCGAAAAACUAGCAGCAAUUACAUGAAUGCAAUACCAAAACCAAAUUCAAAUGAGGUUCCUUAUUCACCCACUGAAUUUAAUGUGGUUGUACCAGAAGAUGUCAAGUCUGGGUAAAACUGAAGGAGACGGGCUUCCUCACCGAUUUCCUUCUAACUGUGCAAUAUCGUUUAUUGUGAUGAGAAAAUACGAUUGCGAG